AUGAGUGCAGACGAAGGUGGAGGGACGGCCCCGGUGCCGGCCACGAACGGCGAACAGCCUCAAAACACCCCCGAUCCAUCGGUGCUGGCGACUCCGGGAAAGCGAAAGCGUGUUGCGAGUCACGAUGACAAGGUCACCCAAGAUGCCGGCGUCUCUGCGGCGCAAUCGCAAGAGAGGGCGAAGCUACAGGAGACCCUGCGUAAUCUGGUUGAAAUUUUAAGCAAGAGCGAUACCGAUCUCCAUCUUCUGUCCUGCCCCCUACCGUCUUCCCCGGCGAAACCACGCUCAAAGCGCGCGAAGGUGUCAGGAGAUAAGGAUGAAAGCUCCAGCAUACAAGCACGGGUUGCGUCGGAUCGGUACAACAAUCUGUCGGAGUUCCUCAGCGAUAUCGAAAAAGCGUCUGCGGCUGUGAUUGAGAGGAAUAAGGCUCAAGCGACGGUUGCUCCGGCUGACGGGACGCCUUUGACGGAGACAGUCAAUCGUAUUGCCGCGUUCAAGAAGCUGCUAAAUAGUCUGGUUCGUCAGGCGCACGUGAGCCAGUCCAACAUCAAGACAGAGACCUCGGAAGAAGACGGAGAAGUCCCGGCAAAGUCCACCCCAACCAAUGUUGAGACCCGGAAUGAUAGCCUCGUUCUGACCCUGUUUGGGAAUCCCGCCAAUCCGAAGCAGCUCUACUCCAGCUUGCAGAAGACAGUCAAAGUCCCACUCCCUUCGGAUGACCCUAAUGCGGACAAGUUUGUGGAAGUACAAGCGCCCCUGCGCGAGGAUGGUUUGCCUAACGGGAUCUCUACCACCAAAGUGCAACCGGUGGAUGCAGAGACCGGCACCAACGAGCAUAAGAGGACGUUCGGCGAGGUGUUCGCGCCUCGUCCAACAUUGCCCCAAUUAGAGCCACCCCGCAAAGCCAGGUCUUCCGCUUGUCACGCUACAAAUGGCUGGAUCGAUCCGUUUGAGGCCAUCACGAACUACAAAGCUUUCCUUGGUGAGCGAAAUAACUACUGUCUUGCCCCCCUUCCGUCAGGGUAUUGGCUCCAGUAUGGCGGAGUCACGUCCUCUCCGUCUACCUGGAACCGUCGGCAGAAACAACAGCCUCCCCAGCAACCGGCUGAGGAGGUCCCCAGCGAUGAUUCUGCGCUGAGUACUGACGAAGACGCUGCGCUCUUGCAAGGCGUGUACUCGUCAUUUGCCCCUUCGUUCGACAGCUCCGGGGCUGUUGUGCAGGCCGAUUCAAAGAAUUUGGUGUGGUGGAGCAAGCGUGGAGCAAGGCGUUUGAACACGCUGCUCUCCCUCCCGUAUCUCGAAGAUGAACAGACGGAUUCGACGACGGUGCAGCCCGGAAAUAUUGGCGAGCUUGACGAGAGCACUCUGGAAGAGAUGGUGAAGUCGUUCAAUCCCGAGGACUUUGCGGACAACAUCGUGCAUAACGACAAGUCCACAGAGAAGAACGAUGAAGAGCGAGAUCUGGAAGAAGUACUGCGCGAUGUUUCUGAGCUUCUGGAAACGCUCAGCUCAUACCAGCGAAUCCGCAGUCUCGAAUCCUCGGGAUCUGGAAGUCAAGGCACUGAUCCCAAGGAACCGGCAUCUGAUAAUGGAGGACCCGACAACCCGUCCGCAGCCGAGCGAACCGUGUACGAGACGCUUAGGUCGAGUCUGGCAGCUCUUGUCGCAACCCUGCCGCCCUAUGCGGUCGCCAAGUUGGAUGGCGACCAGCUGGCCGAGCUGAACAUCAGCCAGAAGAUCCUGGUCGAGAACCCCGAAUACCAGGGUACGAUGGAGAAGGAUGACUAUGCUUUACAACAGGAGCGUGCAGUUGCCAUGGCUGCCUCUGGCGGCGCCAACCGGACGUCGACGCCUUCACGGACUGGUAGCUACCAGGCGCCUUACAACCAACGGGCGUAUGGAGCCAACAACCGAGCCCAGCCUCAGCCCCCCUUCCAGGCUGCACAGCCCUACUACGGAGGUAGGCAGAACUCGACCCCGGCACCGUACACGCCUGGCCAUCCGCAACCGUUUGCUGGCGCACGGCCCCCAUCCACGCCGCAGCAGAGACCCGGCUACUUCCCGGGAUACGCCCAGCCCAGCCCGCAAUACAACCAGGGCAUCACAGUGCCACAGUACCAGCGGCCCGGGCAGAACGGCUACCACGCGUACGCGGGACAACCGGGCGCACCUGCAGCCCAGGGAUCGCCGCAGCCCUACACUCCCCGCCCCGGCCAGCCGCCUUAUGCAGCCGGACGCAGUGCCUCCCCUCAGAAACCUCCGCCAUACGCAACCCCGCGAGGUUCGUAUAUUCCCCCGGGCUCCGCCAACCCGCAGCAGCGCUACAUGCCGCAGCAACAACCAGGCCAACAACCCCCUCCCUACGGUAAUUACCCUUCCAACCAAGCCCCACCGCCUUCAGGGGGGUAUUCCAACUCCGCUGCCGCCAUGACUUACGCCCGAAGUGCAGCCGAGCAAGCCGUCAUGAUGGAACGAAACAAGGCUCAAUUAGCAGCAGCCGCCCAGAACCGCCCCAGCUCGACAACACCACAGCCAGCAGGUGGCGAUGGGCCCCACGAUCGAAGCGCAACGCCGGCGAGCAAGCAGAACGGAACGCCGGUAUCUUGAUGAGCGGAUGAGAUGAGACCACGGUCGACAUGUAGGGAUAUGCGAUUGACUUUUCCUCUAUCCUUUCUUUUCCUUGCUACCUUUUACAACUUUCCUCCUGUCAACAUUAUACCAUUGUGUCUUUACCCCCACAGCCCUGUUCCCUCCCAGUGGAGCUUAGAAAACCACCCGAGAAAACAACACCCCCCCAAAAAUACAAAUUCUAGGCGCGUGGACAGACUCGUCUACUUGG